AUGGGAUGCGACAGCUACUUCCUGUCCGCCACUUGCUCCCCGGCCUUCAUGGCAGAGAAUGGAGAUUUGCAGCAACAAAUCCUCCAGAAAACCCUUAAGGAGGUAGCGGACGAGGAGGCGGAAGGUGCUGAUCCCUGCGUUAUUUGUCUGGAUACCAUCACAGAGCCAUGCGUUGGAGUACCCUGCCAUCAUGCCAACUUCGACUAUUUAUGCCUGCUCAGUUGGCUAGAGCAGCAACCGAAUUGCCCUUUAUGCAAGGCAAGUCUCACCGCUGUACAGUAUGACCUGAAGGGCCCCCAGGGCCCAAAGACAUACGUCGUACCUCCCGUUACUACUCCCGGGACCACAGCCCGCGCCCCUCUACCGCAUGAGCUUCGAUUCAGAGGACACCAACGUCGUCGACAAAGAUCCCGUCUGCACCAACCUCAGCCUUCGCCUAGUAACCCGGUUUCUGUCCGUCGCGAUGUAUAUCGCAAUCAACUAUACUCGUUGAGGGUCGGAUCGAAUCGACUUUCGCAAUACACCGAGGUGACACCGGAAGAUUUCAACCGCGAUGAAGCGCUAGUUUCGCGCGCCCGGAAGUGGAUUCGCCGUGAAUUGCAAGUGUUCAGCUUUCUGCAUCCGGAGGCAGAGGAUGCGCCAGAAGAGAGGCGGGAUCCCGUGCCUCGCUCGAGACAGCAGCGAUUAGAGCAGCGGAGGGCAAAUAAUGCCGAGUUCUUGCUCGAGUACGUUGUCGCUAUUCUGCGUACAGUGGACAUCAAAGGGAGUGCCGGGCAAGCGGAAGAGUUACUGCGCGAUUUUCUCGGGAGGGACAACGCUCGUUUGUUCCUUCAUGAAUUAUUGGCGUGGUUGCGAAGCCCUUACAAUUCGUUGGAGGACUGGGACCGUCAUGUGCAGUAUCCUGCCUCAAGGCCCGCAUCCCGCGACAGAGAGUGCCGAGAUCUCAACUAUCAUGGUGGUGACUCUAUUCGACCUAGCUCGACUCGCGCCCGUAGCGCAUCGCCAGCCCGUGAACAUGAUCGCACCUUGUUUGACCGGGUCUCAAGGCCUGGAAGUUCGCAGCCGUCUGCACGGAGAGGGGCUGCAUCUAGGAAUCGGGGUUCAAAUCUACGUGCUCCAUGGCCAGAGCGGAAUCGGCAUCUUCUAGACCGAUAUAUCCCCGACUAG